UCACUAUACAUCCAUGGUUCCUCUCUUCCUCAUUCCUCACUGCACCGUAUAUCUCUCUCACGCAUAACUCAAACACAAAAAAAUAGAGCUUUUGAUGAGAAAAUACACCAUCCAAAAUCCAUGAUCCAACACCAUCUACUAUUAUUGUUGUUUUGAGGUUGAAAAAACACAAUUGGGUAUAUAUAGAACUCCAAAACCUACGAGAAGAAAAGAAGACAGUGAUCAAAAAAUAAAGUGAAGCAUGGAAAAGGACAACGAGACGUAUCUGAAGCUCUUUUGGGGGCGUUCUAAUCAUGAGAAGUCAUGUUUGCUGUCAAAGAAGGGCAAAAGCACGGCACUUAGCACCACCGUGAUUUUGCUCGUUUGCUUUGUAGCCACUUUCCUUGUUUUGACUAUCUGGAAUACGUCCACAUUUGCAGCUCUUUCCAUUCCAAUCUCAAUCAUCCCCACAACAAAACCCCAAGAACAAGAAUUCCCACUUAGUUGCACCCAAAACGUGACACAAACAUGCUCAAGAGACUACCCUACUAUACACACCCCCACCAACCCCACCCGCACCUGCCCCUCAUAUUUUAGAUGGAUCCACGAAGACCUAUGGCCAUGGAGAGAGAGGGACAGAGGGAUCACAAGGGAAAUGUUGGAGGGUGCAAGAAGAACAGCACACUUUAGGCUAGUGAUUGUGGAUGGGAAAUUGUACGUGGAGAAGUAUAAGAAGGCUAUUCAGACGAGAGAUGUGUUUACUUUGUGGGGCAUAUUGCAACUAUUGAGAAUGUACCCUGGUAAAGUGCCUGAUUUGGAACUAUUGUUCGAUUGUGAUGAUAGGCCCGUUGUGUCAAAGGAGAGAUUUAAAGGCCCAAAUGCUCCCACCCCACCCUUGUUUAGGUAUUGCUCGGAUCAGUGGAGCUUGGAUAUUGUGUUCCCUGAUUGGUCCUUUUGGGGAUGGGCUGAGAUAAAUAUAAAGCCAUGGAAACAUGUCCUAAAAGAAAUCAAAGAAGGGAACGAAAAGACCAAGUGGAAGGACAGAGUACCAUACGCCUAUUGGAAGGGUAACCCUCUUGUUAGUCCAACUAGGAAAGACCUUAUGAAGUGCAAUGUCACAGAAAAAGAUGACUGGAACACUCACCUAUACAUACAGGAUUGGGAUCAAGAAUCCAGUCAAGGGUACAAGAAAUCCAACUUAGGAGACCAAUGCACCCAUAGGUAUAAAAUAUACGUAGAAGGAUGGGCUUGGUCCGUAAGUGAAAAGUACAUUUUGGCAUGCGAUUCUACGACUCUAUAUGUUAGGUCUCGGUUCCAUGAUUUUUUUGUCCGAGGCAUGGUGCCACUAGAGCACUAUUGGCCAAUUAGAGACAACAGCAAGUGCAAAUCUCUUAAGUUUGCAGUGGAAUGGGGCAACAACAACACUGAUAAGGCACAAGCAAUAGGGGAAGCUGGUAGCAAAUUCAUUCAUGAGGACAUGGACAUGGACUACGUAUAUGAUUACAUGUUUCAUCUACUUAAUGAGUAUGCAAAACUUCAAAGGUUCAAACCAACUAUACCUCAAAAUGCUGUGGAGUAUUGCCCCGAAACAAUGGCAUGUGGUGUAGAUGGUAUACAAAGGAGGUUCAUGGAGGACUCAAUGGUGAAGUCUCCUAGUGAUUCAAAUCCAUGCACUCUUCCUCCUCCAUAUGAGCCUAUAAACCUACAAGACUUUCUAGAGAAGAAAGCUAGUUCAAUAAGGCAGGUAGAAACUUGGGAAGACCAAUACUGGGAGAAAGAAAAAGGGGGACAAUAAUAGUAUUGUCCUGAUGAAGAUUUUGUCAUGUCUUCUUUUAUUUCGUGUUGUGACAAAUUAAAUGGCCCUUUUAUUCAUACAUACCCCUAUCCCCCCCAAUACACACACAUGUGGUGUUGUCUCUUACACUUACAUUCAUCUUUAUCAUCAGUUCACAUUCUUCUUCUCUUGAUUCCUUCCUGGAUCUAAAGCUUGUUUAAUUUUAUUAAUUAUAAUUGUCCCCAGAUCGAAUUACUAGUUUCAUCUAA